AUGCUCGAGCGCAUUGCACUAGUUGCGAGGUGCGACGGCUUCUCGGCCUUUGAUGCAGAGGGCGUCGGCCGCCUUGUCGGAGAGCUCAGGCCGACGCUCGGCCUAGAGGUGGAGUCGCUGCUGCCUCUCUUCGCAAAUCUGGGAGUCAUUAAGAACGUGCGCUCCAUGGCGUGCGAACGAGAGCACUCGCUCAAGGCGCAAAAGCAGGCGGCCGAACACGCCGUCCGCCACCUCGAAGACACCGUCGCCGCCCUCGAGGCGCACCUGCGCGACCCGCUCCGGCGGUCGGCCGACUCGGCGCCCGGGGAGGUGCUUUGCUCGCGGCUGCUGGGACUAACCAGCGGCAUGCGAGUUAGCCCGCCGUACAGCGCCGUGGGUGGCCUCUCUGGCCUUGUCGACCGCAUCAAGGUGCGCUACGACGCGCAGGCGCGCACGCUUCGCGAGGAGGGCUUCCGGGCGAGCGCCUUGCUCAAGGAGAUUGGCGGCGGCGACCUGGCCAGUUUCCGCGUCGUGGAGGUUGUCAUCGCGGACCGCGAGCGGUUGCUGCAGCAAAAGGUAAGUGCCGUCCUCGAGGGCCUGGGGGCGAGGCCGGGGAACUGGCGGCUCGGACAGAGCCAGACAGUGCGCUAG